AUGAUAAAGGUUUUUAUCCUGAAUAGCGUUUUUGUUUUAAUUUAUGGAUGGACUGUUGACAAGGCAAAUCAUUGCUCUUGUAAAAAUUACAGUUUGUUUGUUGAUUGCGUCAUAAAUUUUGAGUAUGGAUGUGAACUUAAAGAUUUUACUUGUUAGAAUGUAAACUGCACUGCAUAAGCUCCUGACAGAUGUUCACUCUUCUAAAAUUAAUGCUACUUGGAUAAAAAAAACUCAAAUAGUAAAUGCUAACCAUUUAACUCAUGUAGUGAUCUACAAGGAAAUGAUGAUCGUGAAUGUUAUGCCUAAAACAUUCGUUGCGCUAAACUAGGAGAAACAGGACCUAAUUGUGUUGAAUUUAAAUGUUCAUACUAUUCUGUAGAUACCUGCCCACUAAUGUGUUUCGUUGUUGGAGAAAAGUGCACAGAUUUCCCAGAUUGUUCAACUUUACAAUUGAACAGGUGUAAUGUCUAACGUGUAUGCUAUAAUGAUGAAAUGACUUGCAAAUGGGAAGAAUGUUCGAAUUAUAAAUCAGAUUCAGAUUGCAUGUAUGUUUAUACUCCAGAAAGAAGAAUUCAACCAUGUUAUUGGAAUGAAAAAGACUAAAUUUGUGCUAAUGCAGAAGGUCCGGAAGAUUUAAGUAAUUUUAGUUGCAGUUUGAAUACAAGAGGUGCUUAUCAUUGGAGUUCGAGUAAAUUGGAUUCUGGGAGUUGUCAAUCAUGCUUUGAGAUGCUUUUAAAAGUUGUUUUGGCCAUAAUUCUUAUAUUUGUUUGA